AUGAAGGGCUUAGACAAAGUUUUACAAGGAGUUUUAAAAUUUAGAAAAACCAUAAGAAAAGAUUUGGUUAAACAAUUUGAAGAAGUUCGUGAUAAUCCACAACCAACUGCAUUAUUUUUUACAUGUAUGGAUUCAAGAAUUCUUCCAUCAACAGUUACUCAAUCAAAUGUUGGUGAUAUGUUUGUCGUAAGAAAUUCUGGUAAUAUGAUACCAGGAUCAAGAAGUUUUGGAAAUGUUGGACAUGAGGUGUCUGUUAAUACUGAACCAGCUGCAUUAGAAUUAGCUGUUACAAGAGGUAAAAUUAAUCAUGUCAUUGUUUGUGGACAUUCUGAUUGUAAAGCUAUUAAUACUCUCUAUAAUCUUCAUACUGGAGUUAAUAAAUUUAGUGAAAAAAGUCCAAUGGAUCGUUGGUUGAGACUUAAUGGAUAUCAUAGUUUAAAAAAACUUGAAAUGCGCGAAAACGAUGGCCCAAAUGUACCACUCAAAUUUGAAAAUGAUGAUCAAAAGUUUUGUUUUUAUGCUUAUAUUGAUAAGGAAAAUAAAUUAAAUAUUGAGGAUAAAUUAUCCCAAAUUAAUACCCUUCAACAAGUUUUAAAUAUAGCGUCACAUGAAUUUAUGUUUGAUUAUAUUGCAAAUAAUGAAGUUUUUAUUCACGCUAUGUGGUUUGACAUUUAUACUGGAAAUAUGUAUAUGUUUUCAAAACCAGAACAAAGUUUUAAGAUGAUUGAUGAAAUGAAUACUAAUCAUUUACUACGUUAUGUUGAAGAUGAAAUGAAAGGUAUGAAAAAUAACCAUCAAAAAAGUAAUAACUGUUGUUAA